AUGAGUCGGCUGAUGUUUACACAACUACUGCUCUGUGGAUUUUUAUAUGUUCGGGUUGAUGGAUCUCGUCUUCGCCAGGAAGACUUUCCCCCGCGGAUUGUGGAGCACCCUUCCGAUGUCAUUGUCUCCAAGGGAGAGCCCACCACGUUGAACUGUAAGGCCGAGGGCCGGCCAACGCCCACCAUUGAGUGGUACAAGGAUGGUGAGCGGGUGGAGACUGACAAGGAUGAUCCCCGGUCCCACAGGAUGCUUCUGCCCAGCGGUUCCUUAUUCUUCUUGCGCAUUGUGCAUGGGCGCAGAAGUAAACCUGAUGAAGGAAGCUACGUGUGUGUUGCAAGGAACUAUCUUGGCGAAGCAGUGAGUCGAAAUGCAUCUCUGGAAGUGGCAUUGUUACGAGAUGACUUCCGGCAAAAUCCCACAGAUGUUGUAGUGGCAGCCGGAGAGCCUGCAAUCCUGGAGUGCCAACCUCCCCGGGGACACCCAGAACCCACCAUCUACUGGAAAAAAGAUAAAAUUCGAAUUGACGACAAGGAAGAAAGAAUAAGUAUCCGUGGUGGAAAACUAAUGAUCUCCAAUACCAGGAAAAGUGAUGCAGGGAUGUAUACCUGUGUUGGCACCAAUAUGGUGGGAGAAAGAGACAGUGAUCCAGCAGAGCUGACUGUCUUUGAACGACCCGCGUUUCUCAGGAGGCCAAUUAACCAGGUGGUGCUGGAGGAAGAAGCUGUAGAGUUUCGUUGUCAGGUCCAAGGAGAUCCUCAACCAACUGUGCGGUGGAAAAAGGAUGACGCAGACUUGCCAAGAGGAAGGUAUGACAUCAAAGAUGAUUACACACUGAGAAUUAAAAAGGCCAUGAGUACAGAUGAAGGCACAUAUAUGUGUAUUGCUGAGAAUCGGGUUGGAAAAGUGGAAGCUUCUGCUACCCUCACAGUCCGAGCUCGCCCUGUUGCUCCUCCACAGUUUGUGGUUAGGCCAAGAGAUCAGAUUGUUGCUCAAGGUCGUACAGUGACAUUUCCCUGUGAAACUAAAGGAAACCCACAGCCAGCAGUUUUUUGGCAAAAAGAAGGCAGCCAGAACCUGCUUUUCCCAAAUCAACCCCAACAGGCCAACAGCAGAUGUUCUGUGUCGCCAGCCGGGGACCUUACAAUUACCGACACUCAGCGCUCGGACGCGGGUUACUACAUCUGCCAGGCCCUAACCGUGGCAGGAAGCAUUUUAGCAAAAGCUCAGCUGGAAGUUACUGAUGUUUUGACAGAUAGACCUCCACCUAUAAUUCUACAAGGCCCAGCCAACCAAACGCUAGCAGUAGAUGGUACAGCAUUACUGAAAUGUAAAGCUACUGGUGACCCUCUUCCUGUAAUUAGCUGGCUAAAGGAGGGAUUUACUUUUCUGGGUAGAGAUCCAAGAGCAACUAUACAAGAACAAGGAACCUUGCAGAUUAAGAAUUUACGGAUUUCUGAUACUGGCACUUAUACUUGUGUGGCUGCAAGUUCAAGUGGGGAGACUUCCUGGAGUGCUGUGCUGGAUGUGACAGAGUCUGGAGCAACAAUCAGUAAAAAUUAUGAUUUUAAUGACCUGCCUGGACCACCAUCCAAACCACAGGUCACUGAUGUUACUAAGAACAGUGUCACCUUGUCCUGGCAACCAGGUACCCCUGGAACCCUACCAGCAAGUGCAUAUAUCAUUGAGGCUUUCAGCCAAUCAGUGAGCAAUAGCUGGCAGACAGUGGCAAACCACGUAAAGACCACCCUCUAUACAGUGAGAGGACUGCGGCCCAAUACAAUCUAUUUAUUCAUGGUGAGAGCAAUCAACCCCCAAGGUCUCAGUGACCCAAGUGCUAUGUCAGAUCCUGUGCGCACACAAGAUAUCAGCCCACCAGCACAGGGAGUGGACCAUAGACAAGUCCAGAAAGAACUCGGCGACGUCCUUGUCCAUCUUCAUACUCCAGUUGUAUUGACUCCCACUACUGUUCAAGUCACGUGGACGGUUGAUCGCCAACCCCAGUUUAUUCAAGGCUACCGAGUGAUGUACCGUCAGACUUCAGGACUGCAGGCUACAUCAACGUGGCAGAAUUUAGAUGCUAAAGUCCCGACUGAGCGAAGUGCUGUCUUAGUCAAUCUGAAAAAGGGGGUGACUUAUGAAAUUAAAGUUCGACCAUAUUUUAAUGAGUUCCAAGGAAUGGACAGUGAAUCUAAAACAGUUCGUACUACUGAAGAAGCCCCAAGUGCCCCUCCACAAUCUGUCACUGUGCUGACUGUUGGAAGCCACAAUAGCACAAGUAUUAGUGUUUCCUGGGAUCCUCCUCCUCCUGAUCAUCAGAAUGGAAUUAUCCAAGAAUACAAGAUCUGGUGUCUGGGGAAUGAAACACGAUUCCACAUCAACAAAACUGUGGAUGCAGCCAUUCGAUCUGUAAUAAUUGGUGGAUUAUUCCCAGGUAUUCAAUACCGGGUAGAGGUUGCAGCUAGUACCAGUGCAGGAGUUGGAGUAAAAAGUGAGCCACAGCCAAUAAUAAUUGGGGGAAGGAAUGAAGUUGUCAUUACUGAAAACAAUAACAGCAUAACUGAGCAAAUCACUGAUGUUGUGAAGCAACCAGCUUUUAUAGCUGGUAUUGGUGGUGCCUGCUGGGUAAUUCUGAUGGGUUUUAGCAUCUGGUUGUAUUGGCGAAGAAAGAAGAGAAAGGGACUCAGUAAUUAUGCCGUUACAUUUCAAAGAGGAGAUGGAGGACUAAUGAGCAAUGGAAGCCGCCCAGGUCUUCUAAAUGCUGGUGAUCCCAGUUAUCCGUGGCUUGCUGAUUCAUGGCCAGCCACGAGCUUGCCAGUAAACAACAGCAAUAGUGGCCCAAAUGAGAUUGCGAAUUUUGGGCGUGGAGAUGUGCUGCCACCAGUUCCAGGCCAAGGGGAUAAAACAGCAACGAUGCUCUCAGAUGGAGCCAUUUAUAGCAGCAUUGACUUCACGACCAAAACCACUUACAACAGUUCCAGCCAAAUAACACAGGCUACUCCAUAUGCCACUACACAGAUAUUGCAUUCCAAUAGCAUACAUGAAUUGGCUGUCGAUCUGCCUGAUCCACAGUGGAAAAGCUCAAUUCAGCAAAAAACAGAUCUGAUGGGAUUUGGUUAUUCUCUACCUGAUCAGAACAAAGGUAACAAUGGUGGGAAAGGUGGAAAAAAGAAGAAAAAUAAAAACUCUUCUAAAGCACAGAAAAACAAUGGAUCAACCUGGGCCAGUGUUCCGCUACCUCCUCCCCCCGUCCAGCCCCUUCCUGGUACAGAGCUGGAACACUAUGCAGUGGAACUGCAAGAAAAUGGCUAUGACAGUGAUAGCUGGUGCCCACCAUUACCAGUACAAACUUAUUUACACCAGGGUAUGGAAGAUGAACUCGAAGAAGAUGAUGAUCGUGUCCCAACACCUCCUGUCCGAGGCGUGGCUUCUUCCCCUGCUAUUUCCUUUGGACAGCAGUCCACUGCAACUCUAACUCCCUCCCCACGGGAAGAGAUGCAGCCCAUGCUGCAGGCUCACCUGGAUGAGUUGACAAGGGCCUAUCAGUUUGACAUAGCAAAGCAAACAUGGCAUGUUCAAAGCAAUAAUCAACCUCCGCAGCCCCCGGUUCCACCAUUAGGUUACAUGUCCGGAGCUUUGAUUUCCGAUUUGGAAACAGAUGUUCCAGAUGAUGAUGCUGAUGAUGAAGAGGAAGCUUUAGAAAUCCCCAGGCCCCUGAGAGCACUAGAACAGACGCCCGGAUCCAGUACAGACAAUCUAGACAGCUCUGUGACAGGUUCAAUGGUAAAUGGAUGGGGCUCUGCAUCUGAUGAGGAUCGUAACUUUUCUAGUCAUAGAUCUAGUGUAGGUAGCUCCUCAGAUGGCUCCAUCUUUGCCAGCGGCAGUUUUGCACAAGCACUGGUGGCAGCAGCAGAUAAAGCUGGUUUUAGGCUGGAUGGAACCAGCCUUACAAGAACAGGCAAAGCCUUUACCUCCUCUCAAAGACCUCGACCAACCAGCCCAUUUUCUACUGACAGUAACACCAGUGCAGCCAUGAGUCAAAGUCAGAGGCCUCGGCCCACUAAAAAACACAAGGGAGGGCGAGUGGACCCACAACCAGCAUUGCCUCACCGAAGGGAAGGAAUGACAGAUGAUCUUCCACCACCACCAGAUCCCCCUCCCGGUCAGGGUUUAAGGCAGCAAAUAGGCCCGAGCCAGCAUGCUGGUAACGUGGAAAACUCAACAGAGAGAAAAGGAAGCUCUCUGGAGAGACAGCAAGCAUCCAACUUAGAAGACACAAAGAGCUCUUUGGAUUGUCCAGCUAAAACAUCCCUAGAGUGGCAGCGACAAACCCAGGAAUGGAUAAACUCCACAGAACGCCAAGAAGACAUACGGAAAGCCCUCCACAAACAAGGUGUUGGACCAGAGGAGACCUUGGUGCCCUACAGCAAGCCCAGUUUCCCAUCUCCAGGGGGCCAUAGCUCAUCAGGAACGGCUUCUUCUAAGGGAUCCACUGGACCUAGGAAAGCCGAGGCAUUGAGGGGAAGCCACCAGCGCAAUGCCAGCGACCUUCUUGACAUAGGAUAUAUGGGCUCAAAUAGUCAAGGACAGUUUACAGGUGAAUUAUAGUAACUGAGAGGAGACAUGCAAAGCUGCUCUGAAGGACCAUCAGGUCUGAACUCAUGGAAGUGAUGACACUAAACAGUGCAAUGAACAAUUUCUAUUUAUGUACUAUUAAAAGAACUGUAAAUGCAAUGUAAAGACACACAGCCACACAUAUCCCACAGAUAUUUUACUUGUGUUCUUCUCUUAAGUACACCACCCACCUUAACUCUUUCUUGUCAGGAGUAUAUAAAAA